GACACUACUAAUUUGAAGUGGAGAGCAUUGUGACCACGUCACAAGAUAUAUUUGCUCAUUUAUGGUUUACUCUUUUGUCAAUUAUAUACUUUUACGGUUGAAUGUAUCUUAAAAUUCUUCGAAGUAAAUUAUACAAUUAUUAUUAAACGCACGCCUUUCGCAAUGUAAACUGUAUAACUAUAAAUAUACAGAAAAUUCGAAUAAAAAUAUACUCGAAUCGAGUUGAAGAAACAAUCAACGACACAAUGAAGAUCGCAUUAGCUAUAGUUGCUUUUGGCAUUGCCACUUCUUUCUCCGAGUGCCGUUCCACUUAUCCUGUUACUGUAGAAGAUUUGGAUAGACAAUAUUGUGAACUACAUCAUCCCGAACGUUUUAGAUACUGCAUGUUGGAAAAUGAUGCCGAAAUAUCUGUAAAAUUGCAUCGUAACUGCGCCUUACAAGUGAAAUAUUAUCAAACUUUGGGAGAAAUAGCUAAUUUUAUUUGCAAAACAAGAACUGACGAGGAAUAUGAAGAAUAUUUACAAUGCUUCGUUCCGGCAGUAAAUGUAGAAAAUAAAGUUAAUCCCAAGCUUUCUGCAAUUGCUGAGAAAUGUAUUAAAGAGAGUGCAAAUCAUCAACUACAAUUCGUGUGAAGAUUGGCUUAAAGAAAUUUAUUCCGAACUGAAGAAACAAAAUUAAACCCGAUUCUUCUCUUUGAACGAAUGACUUAAACGAAAUUAUAAAUUGGCAUAAAUCGUGAGAAUAAAGUAUUGUGAUAGUCACCAAUAUGUCGCAUAGUCGUGUCAUGUGUACGUACAUAACACGAUUGUAAUAUAUAUAUACAGUAUACGGAAUCGUUUUUCUUAUGGAUUUCGACGUCGGGGAGUAGGAUUGUACCGUUCCAACUUCGGACAAACUGAAACCACCUUCAAUUAAUAAACAGACAUACAAUAGAUAAUUAAGAUAAAUGGCUUACUUUACGGUAAAAUUAUCGAUUAUAUGAGAAGUAUUAGAAAAAUUAAAAAGCACACAGAAGUUUAACAAAUAACGGCCAACAAUGUUUAACAAUGACAGCAUUAUUAUAAUUAUCCAUAGACAUAACACGUUAUCAUAAUUAUCCCAUAAUGGUUCGCCUUUUCACCUUUCACAAAACUUCUCCGGCGGCAUCAUCUAUGGAGUAAGAGCUUUAUUUUGAUACCUGAACCGUGUCUGUACUCUCAAUCGUUUACUCGGAAAAGCUGAAAGCCUCUUUCAAUAAUACACGACAUAGAACACUAACGCCUUAAAAAAUGAUCUAAGGAAUAACGAACUUAUCAGUUUGAUGAAUAAUAGAUUUCAAAGUGGAAAGAAGAAAUCAAAUUUAUUUCUCUAUCUAAUAAAUAUAGCCUACUUUAUUUUUAUAAUUGCAAAAUAAUAAAUGUAACGUUAAAUAAAGUACAGUAAUAACAUUUUAAUUAUUUAUUAUGCGAAUUUUAAUGAUAUCCCAUUGCAUUCAUUAUUGAGAGAAAAUUAAAAUUUAGACCUAUACAAUAGAAAAGGAAUUUAGGUUAUUCGUGGUAACUUUCAAUUAAAAUUCUGGCCUAUAUACUUAAUACUAAAUACGUUUUGAAUACGAUUGUUCUUUUAAAAAUAAGAAAACUGUAAGGUUAAUAAAUCAUAAGAGAAUAAUCAUUAUAGAUGAAUAACGAGAUAGAAAAGAGAUAUCCAAUUAUUAAAUGUUUUAUGAUGCACUUCACGAAGUUCAUAUUCAUAGUUAUUGGAUUGAUUCAUUGAAAACUAUCACUAUUACCAGGAGAUAAUGGAUGUCAACACUUCUUACGUAUCUUUUACGUACGAAAUUUUAAAACGGACAAAUCUCACACGUCAUUUAAAAAUGAAAUUUUAGGAAAAGAUUUUGAGGUUAAAUUCUGAAGUAAAACUUCAGAAUUUAACCUCAGAAAGUAGAAAAAUACUCGUAAAUUUUUACAUGUUCAGAACCAAAGCUAUGUCUUCUGGUAUCUUUUUUAUCGUAACUUCAUUUUAAUACCAGGAACUAAUAUAUUAGUACGCGGGGGCGCCCGUAUAUCGGGGCCCUCGUGUACAUGCUCCCUUUUCGUCUUGGUUGCCCUUUUCCUAUUCCUCAAACAGGUCCCAAACAACAGAAAAUUCGUGACUUCUAGCCUACUCUGCAAAUAUAAAAGAAACUAACGAACGAUUUUUAUCCAUUGACCUAUGCAACUUCGUGGUAUGUUGAUCAAAACCCCAUUCCUUG